AUGACCGUCAAUCCAAACUGGCGUGUUAAAGGAGAGGCUAAACGACAAGCCAUCCUCAAAGCUAUCCCCGAAAAGUGGAGACUGGCAACCCCGCCUCCCCCAGCAACAGAAAUACGGGAUGUCACUGGAAGUUAUAUUCAACAAUACUUGAACGAGCGAGAAAUUGAGAUUACUGAGUCCGAUGCCGUGGAUAUUGCCAAACAAACCACAUCUGGCGGUUGGUCCGCCGUUGAAGUAACAGAAGCCUUCUGUCAUCGCGCGGCUUUGGCCCAUCAAUUGGUCAACUGUCUACACGAAGUUUUUUUCGAAGCAGCGAUCGAAGAUGCAAGGAAGCUCGAUAAAUAUUUCGCAGAACAUGAAGGCCCCACAGGCCCGCUUCAUGGAUUGCCCGUCAGUUUGAAAGAUCAAUUCCACAUCAAGAGCGUUGAAACGACCAUGGGCUACAUAGGCUGGAUUGGUACAUUCGAAGGCCAGCGAGAUGACCCACGCUACAAGUCCGAAGAAAGCGAGCUCACAAGAGAGCUGCGUAGUCUCGGCGCAGUACUCUACUGCAAGACUAGCGUACCAGCAACACUCAUGGCUGGUGAAACAGUCAACAACAUCAUCGGCUAUACAUGGAACCCCAAGAAUCGACUGCUCUCUUCCGGUGGAAGUUCCGGUGGGGAAGGAGCUUUAAUCGCCUUAAGGGGAUCCCCUGUUGGCAUCGGGACUGAUAUAGGUGGCAGUGUGCGUGCCCCUGCUGGGUUUAAUUUUCUCUAUGGACUGCGACCCUCGUCAGGAAGAAUGCCGUAUCAAGGUGCUGCAAAUUCUAUGGAUGGGCAAAGCUCGAUUCUGUCGGUAAUAGGCCCACUUGCGCAGACUGCACGCUCCUUAUCAUUUAUCUUCAAAUCUAUACUGGUGGCACAACCGUGGUACCAUGAUCCUCUUGUAUUAGAAUUGCCGUGGCGAGAGUCUAUAACCAAAGAGACACGUUCUCUCAUUGACCAAGCGAAGACAGGGAAAUCAACUCUAGCAUUUGGGCUCAUGCCUCAUGAUGGCAUGAACCGUGUACACCCGCCCGUCGCGAGGGCAAUGAGGCUUGUUGAGCAAACUUUGAAACGACUAGGUCAUACUGUCAUCUCUUGGAGUCCGCCGUCCCAUUCCAGAGGCAAUAAAAUAGCUGGCGAAAUAUUUGGCAUGGACGGAGGAAAGAACCUUCAGCAUCAUCUAGGUUUAUCCGGAGAGCCGCAAGCCCCACAGGUAAUUGUUAAACAGGGUGGCAAUGAGCUGAGUGCGUCUAAAAUCGCGGCCCUCAAUGUGUCCAAGCGUGAUUAUCAAAAAGAAUACAUGGACUACUGGAACAGUACGGCAAGGUUGACUGGCACCGGGCGCCCCAUUGACGGAGUUUUGCUUCCCGUGGCACCACAUGCAGCGGCCAUCCCUAAUCACUAUAAAGUAGUCAAUUAUACAGCUUUCGUGAAUGUCCUAGAUUAUACAAGUGUGGUGAUUCCGGUGACAUUUGCCGAUAAAAUGGUUGAUGUGAAGUCCGAUGAUCGCACAUCCAAGUCGGACGAUUAUAUCGAUUGGAGCUAUGAUGCCGAUACUUAUGACGGAGCCCCGGUCGGUGUUCAAUUGCUGGGCAGGAGAUUGCAAGAAGAGAAGAUGUUGACGCUUGCUGAGUAUAUCGGUGAAGAGAUUGCCUUAGAUGCCUGA